GGAGGGGGCCCAGCCCGGGGAGGUGGGGAAAGGCAAACAAACCCUCCUUUAAGUGAGCGUGCGUGUCCCGGAGCCAGGCCCCCCAGCGCACAUGCCAUUUCUGGCCCUUGAAGGGGUUAAAGGCCUCCCGGAGUCAAAAACAAGCAGGUGUCCCACCGUGCCAGAUACGCUGCCUAAACUGCCUCCAGCUUCCCCCUUCUGCAAUAAGUCUGGGCUCAGCCACGGGACAGAGGCGCCGCAGCCCGCCGGUGACAGGCGUCAGGUUAGCUGGCUCCCACUCGGGUGGCGUGCCCAGGAUAUAAAUCCAGGCUCGGGGCCCGCGGCGGCUCCGUCCCUACACACCGAGGAGGCCGGGUUGCCUUCUCCAGAUCCUGCUUUCAUCUGGAGCCGCUCUGCCCAGCAGGCUGCACUUGGAGGAGCCUUGGCCGCUGCAGCAGCCUUCAAGGGGAGACCUGCGGGCGGGAGGGCAGGUGUCGGGACCCGGGGAGGAGGAGGAGGAGGCACCGGUGGGUCGGGUCCCAGCCCCUGGCGUCCUCUCAGGGGAGGUCUCCGGCCACCCUGACCAGACCAUGUGGGCCCUGGGGAGUCACCCGUCCAGGUCCCACAGGGGGCUGCUGCUCCUGCUGCUGCUACUUGGGGUGCCCCUGCCAGGCCUGGCACUGCCGCCCGUCCGCUACUCCCACGCGGGCAUCUGCCCCAACGACAUGAACCCCAACCUCUGGGUAGAUGCGCAGAGCACCUGCAAGCGGGAAUGUGAGGCAGACCAGGAGUGCGAGACCUACGAGAAGUGCUGCCCCAACGUGUGCGGGACCAGGAGCUGCGUGGCGGCUCGCUACGUGGACAUGAGGGGCAGGAAGGGCCCCGUGGGCAUGCCCAAGGAGGCCACGUGCGACCACUUCACGUGCCUGCAGCAGGGCUCGGAGUGCGACAUCUGGGACGGGCAGCCCGUGUGCAAGUGCAGGGACCGCUGCGAGAGGGAGCCCAGCUUCACCUGCGCCUCGGACGGCCUCACCUACUACAACCGCUGCUACAUGGACGCCGAGGCCUGCUCCAGGGGCAUCACGCUGGCCGUCGUCCCCUGCCGCUACCACUUCACCUGGCCCAACACCAGCCCGCCGCCGCCCGAGACCACGGCGCACCCCACCACAGCCUCCCCAGAGACCCCCGGGCUGGACCUGGCGGCCCCCGCCCUGCUCCCCCACCCAGCGCACCAGUCGGUGACCGUGGGCGAGACGGUGAGCUUCCUGUGCGACGUGGCGGGCCGGCCGCGGCCCGAGGUCACCUGGGAGAAGCAGCUGGAGGACCGGGAGAACGUGGUCCUGCGGCCCAACCACGUGCGCGGCAACGUGGUGGUCACCAACAUCGCGCAGCUGGUCAUCUACAACGCGCAGCCCCAGGACGCCGGCGUGUACACCUGCACCGCCCGCAACGCCGCCGGGGUCCUGCGGGCCGACUUCCCGCUGUCCGUGCUCAGGGGCGGCCGGGCGGCGGCCCCCUCCGAGAGCGGCCCCGACGGCACGGCCUUCCCGGUGGCCGAGUGCCUGAAGCCCCCCGACAGCGAGGACUGCGGCGAGGAGCAGACCCGCUGGCACUUCGACACCCAGGCCAACGACUGCCGCACCUUCUCCUUCGGCCACUGCCACCGCAACCUGAACCACUUCGCCACCUACGAGGCGUGCGUGCUGGCCUGCAUGCGGGGCCCGCUGGCCGUGUGCAGCCUCCCGGCCCUGCAGGGGCCCUGCAAGGCCUACGCGCCGCGCUGGGCCUACAACAGCCAGACGGGCCAGUGCCAGUCCUUCGUGUACGGGGGCUGCGAGGGCAACGGCAACAACUUCGAGAGCCGCGAGGCCUGCGAGGAGUCCUGCCCCUUCCCUCGGGGCGACCAGCGCUGUCCGGCCUGCAAGCCGCGGCAGAAGCUCGUGACCAGCUUCUGCCGCAGCGACUUCGUCAUCCUGGGCCGGGUCUCAGAGCUGACCGAGGAGGCCGACGCCGGCCGCGCCCUGGUGACCGUGGACGAGGUCCUCAAGGACGAGAAGAUGGGCCUCAAGUUCCUGGGCCGGGAGCCGCUGGAGGUCACCAUGCUGCAGGUGGACUGGGCAUGCCCGUGCCCCAACGUGACGGUGGGCGAGGCGCCGCUCAUCAUCAUGGGCGAGGUGGAGGGCGGCAUGGCUAUGCUGAGGCCCGACAGCUUCGUGGGCCCGUCGAGCGCCCGGCGGGUCAGGAAGCUCCGUGAGGUCUUACACAAGAAGACCUGUGACGUCCUCAAGGAGUUCCCCGGCCUGCACUGAGGCCACCACCUGCCCCGGCCCUCCUCACCUCCCCAUCCCACGGCCCCUAAGGCCACAAACUGGGCAAGAUCAGAGGAAGACAGUCACAGGCCAUGGAGCCAAGGUCCACAGGCCACGGGGCCACGGUCACAGGCCACGGGGCCACAGGCCACGGGGCAGGGGAAUGCCACCGAGGGUAGAGAGCCACCUCUAGUCUUUGGGGUCAGUGAAGGGUCCGUGUUUCUUUUUUUAGCCCAGGGGGACAAAGGAGAAAUCACUAGACAUGUGAGGGUUAUUCCUGAUGAUCCGCCCACCACCUCCCCGGCUCCCCAACCUGAGCUCAAGAGCGGCUGACAGGUAGCCGAGUGACUCAGCUUGCAGAGGUGACAUGGGGGUCACAGGUGCCCCACAACCUCCGGGCCACCAUGAGCAGGGUCCACUGUGCGAAGGGUCAUAGGCAGCAGGAAGCCAGAGGCACCAUCAACCCAGCACACACUGCCCUGAGCAGAGGCUGUGGACAUCUGUGAAUUGCUCCCUAGGUGCCGGGGGAGACAUCAGAAAGCUGUCCCUAGGUGCCCCACACCCACACACAAAUCCCUGGGGCCCCCCCGCAGACCCAGGCUGGCACUGUCCGCUGUCCCGCAUUUCCCCCUGGUGUGUGGCGGGCUCGCGGAGGCCCAAGGCUGACAGAGGCCCCAGGAUCCAGUCCCAGCCGGAGGAGGUAAUGGAGGACUCAAAGCUUGUGGGAGGGAGAGGAAUGCUGCUCGCUGUCUCCCUCUGGUGGCCGCCGAGGCGCCCACAGGGAUUUGGAGGGAGGCGUAGGUGGGGCCCAGCCGGGAAGGAAGGGGGGAGUAGCCCCCUGAUGGCUUCUUUUGUGCAUUUCCAGACUCCUGCGUGGGCCCCACUGCCCCACCCCUCGAGAGAGGAAUGGGAGCCCCUCUGUCAACUCUGUAUCUGCCCCCCUGCUCCCUCCUCUGCCCUUCGCCUGGUCCAGCAGCCACUCCCCAGCUCAGAAAGCCUCUGGGGUGUCCCCACGUCCCCGUGCUUCCUCAGUGUAGGGAGGAAGCUGCUAAUUAAAAGUUCAUAGCAUCA